AAAAUCCGCAUUGCUGCCGUUCUCAAACGCUGUCAACAUGGCGUUGGCCCUCGGUCGCCUGGCCUGGCUGUCGGCCCUCAGAAACGCCCGCUCCUCCCUGCUGACCCCCUCCAGCGGGCCGGGGAGGACCGUGACACCGUGCCGGACAGCUGUGUGCACCUCGUCCGGUGCCAUUCCGCCCAAACCCAAGAAGACCCCCUUCGGCCUAAUCCGGAUCGCUCUGGUCCUGGUGCCCUUCUUGUAUGUCGGGACUCUGAUCAGCAAGAACUUUGCGGCGCUGCUGGAGGAGCACGACAUCUUCGUCCCCGAGGACGAUGACGACGACGACUGAGGGGUCUGUAGGCUUCCUGGUUAUCAGGUCAUCUUGUUUUGUCACUACCACUGGGACGAGCCUUAUGAGCACAUAAAUGUCUCCAUGGUGUUCCCCCUGCUGUGUGUUUCGCCUCUGCCUGAACUGGAUCCAGGGGUUUCGCUGUUAUCGAUAAUGAGAUAUGGGUGUCUCAGGCCGAUCAUAUCAUAUACUCUUAUUUGCAUGCACUACUGAAGUCUUAAUAAAGAGAAUAAUAACUGUAAACUGCAGCACGUUAUGUGCAAGUUGGUGGCGUGUUGUGCACUCAAAACAGACAUCACACAUCAGUCAUACAAAGUGCAAUGUUGUUUCUAUUUUCCCCAUAUAUAUAUAUUUGUAUUAUUCUAACACUAUGAAGAGAAUAUCAGCCCAGUUAAGGACACAAACUGUCCCAACGCUACUUUUUUCCCCUCUCUCCCUGUUAUAUUUCUGGCCUUUUAGUCUCAUACACACCGGCACCUUCCUUGAGAUUCCCAGGCAGAGGUUUGUAGUCAGGGCCCCGAGGCUCUGGAACAGCCUGCCCAAGGAAAACAGGUCGACUGAGUCAGUGAACUCUUUGAAGUCCCUUCUUAAAAAAUUAUUUUACAGGAGAGCCUUUCCAGAUCUUAUUUACUCUAUUUUAUAUUUACUUUAAACGUGUAUUGUAGUCUCUUAAGUGUUUUCUUGCAUUGAUCAUGUAUUUGUUUUUGUGUUUUAUUGUCUUUACACUUGUUAAAGCACUUUGUAACUUGUUGUUGAAAAGUGCUCUACAAUUUUAUUAUUUACUUAAAAGAACCACUAAUCAAAGAAUAAUCUUAAUAGGAAACUGAAUUACAACACACAUACACUUGCGUGCCUGCCUUCAGUACAGGAUUUCCAAGUUCGUAAUACACCCACACCAGUAUUUCUUCAACAUCAUCAUAAAGGGACAUUUCACUCAAACCUCAAUAAAUUGCAUUCUUCUUCUUAA